AUGGAGCAAUUAGCACAGUUUGUAAACAAAUCUUUUGAAUUCAAUUUAACUAACAAUCGCGUUAACAAUUUAUUCAACUCAAUGACAAGUGCUCGCAUACAAAAACUAACCGAGGCGACUAAUUCAAUAUUAGUUAAUUCAAAUGGAUUAGGUCGCAGUAGUUCCGUCGAAAUUACACAUAAUGAUGAGGAAUCCUUGGAUAUUGAUAUUACCGAUGUAUCUGUCGCCGAAGACAGCAGCUAUGAGGAUGAUGCGGUUGUUUCCAAGCCUCUGUCCUUGGUCAAGAUCCGUUCGCUUGAGCCGAAACCUAUUAUUACCGUCGCGAAUAGUGAAAGUGCUCCUAGGACUGAAGCCCCCAAACCCAAAAACUGGUUAAUAUCGGAUCUCGUGAAAUGUGUUUCUCCCGAACCACAAGCCAAUGUAGGAGAUAAUUUUGGAAGAAUGGAAAACUCAGGACUGAGUAGUAAGCAGAGGAGAUCACGGACAAAUUUUACGCUCGAGCAACUGAACGAACUGGAGAGACUCUUCGAGGAGACACACUACCCAGAUGCCUUUAUGAGAGAGGAAUUGAGCCAGAGAUUGGGACUCAGUGAAGCACGAGUGCAGGUUUGGUUUCAAAAUAGAAGAGCCAAAUGUCGAAAGCACGAAAAUCAAAUGCACAAAGGUAUUUUACUAAGCAGCCGAAGUCCGCCGGUGGCAACUCCACUUGAACCGUGCCGUGUGGCGCCGUAUGUUAACCUGGCCACCAUCCGGAGUACCAGCGCCUCCAUAAUGCCCACGUCCGGUGCUAUAAGCAGUGUCCAGCAGCAGUCCGGCAAGAAUGGAGUCAACAUGGUUGGCAGUCGAGCUGCAUCGGCGUCGGCGGUGGCAACUGCAGCUGCGGAGCAUUUUACGGGCAGCGUUGCCGCAGCUGCCGCUUUUUCGGCCUUCGAUCCGGCAAUAUUAUCUGCCGCAGCUCACCAGUAUGCGGCAGCAAUAAGUAAUCGAAGUAGACCCGCCGGACUUUUCCCAUUGCCACAGUAUCCGCUUCAUUUGGCCGCAUUUGCCGCCGCUCAUAAGAAUUCCAGCAUAGCGGAUCUUCGUAUGAAAGCUAAGAAACACUCCGAGUCUUUAGGCCUUGAAGCAGAUGUGGUUAUUUAGUACAUACUUUGCGCAACGACUUAGAUGUAGGCUAGAUUAGAGUUGUCUAUUUUAAGACAAUUUACUAUUAAAAAUAAUUAAUUAAAGGAAAA